GAUGAGCUGUGAUUCGACUUCACUUCAUCUCAGUACACCGGGUAAUGGAGUAUCAGAGGAUGACUUGUCUAAUGAAAUAGUUUCUGACUAUAAAGAAGAUGAUGACUCAUCUUAUGAUUCUUACAGCGAAUCUCCACCGAAAAAGAGAAGGAAGAAAAUGAGAAAAUAUAAAACCAAUUUAAAAUGUCUAAUAUGUGAAGCUCCAGCUACCGGACUUCAUUAUGGGGUUACUACGUGCGAAGCCUGCAAAGUAUUCUACCGUAGAGGUAUUAACAAAUACCAAAACUUCAAAUGUCAAAAUGGAAGAAAUAUGUGUAACCCCUGCAGUAAUUUCUCAUUUGCUUGUAAACUGUGUAGAUAUCAGAAGUGUAUUAAUGUCGGAAUGUCCAGAACAAGGAUAAAAACAGGAAGAUAUUCCAGAGAAAAGCAUACCCAAUUAAAAGAAUUAUCGAAAAAUUCUCAAAAUCUCUCUGUAAAUAUCCCAGUUCUCUUGAACUUCUCUGAUGCAGACGAUAUAAUCGUGAAAUGUUCAAAUUUGUUAGUUUGUAUGAAAGAUUUUAAUUGGUCAGAAAAAGUCGAAAAUUUUAAUCAAAUUGUUUGUGAUAUGAAUAAAAUAUUAGAUGAAGGUUUCUUCCCGAAAGAUGACUUUGAAGAUAUCCGACAAGUUACAGGUGUUGAAAUGGACGACAGAAGGAAAUUUUCAGAUUAUAAUGGAUUACUUAAAGAAGCUAACUUACGUCAUUGGUUACCAUUUGUAAAGUCCUUGCCUGGAAUGUUUGAAUUAGAUGAUUUAACGUUUUUCAAGCAUAUAUCUGAUCAUAUUUACGAUAUGUAUCUUAUUUUGUACACAUCAGAAGUUUAUAAUUGGGGUUCUGGCGGGUUAGGUAUCAAGUUGGACAAGCAGAAAGUGUUGAUAAAGAACGAGAGCUUUAAAAGUCUGAAUGGGUCAGAAAUUAUGAAUAUACAAGAUAAGUUCGGUAGACGAUGGCAAGAGGUUAAUUUAACGCAUGAAGAAGCAAUUUUAGUAUUUACUCUAAAUCUCGUUAGCCCUGGGAUCAUAGGGGAAAAUUUUCCAUCAGUAUUUAACAGAAUACUUCUAGCUUUUACAAGAUACCUACAAAGCAAAUACGGAGACGAUUAUCACAUAAGAAUGGGAGAAGUAGUCAAUUUUUUGGCUUUUUCAAACGAACUAAAACAUUCAUGUUACCAGUGGAGAAAACAAAAUCAGCGUUACUUGAAUUAUAUAUUUGAUACACCAUGUCUAAGAAUUCUUUGGGGUGGAUGCACAUCAGAUAUAGAAAAACAUAUAAACCUUCUAUCACCUCUCUUGCGUAUUUCUACUUAA